GAAUUUAUUUGGGCGAUCAGUUGGUAGAGAAACGCGGUUAUAGUAUUAAACACCGGCCGGAAAAAGAAAUGCUAGGGUGAGUCCUCGGAUCAAGUCGUCAGGAAAUCAGGAAUGGCAACGCCUUGGACGCGGCCGGUGCCGGCUAGCGUGACGCUGGAGAGCUUCGACGCCCUGGACUGCGGCGUCUGCUGCUGCCCGCUCAGGCCUCCCAUCUUCCAGUGUUCGGUGGGGCACGUGGUGUGCUCGAACUGCCGCGACAAGAUGACCUCGGCUGGAAGUUGCCACGUGUGCCGCGCUCCAAUAGCCGACGGUUACCGUCGGAACCACGACAUGGAGAAACUGGUGGAGUCUAUCCGGGUGUUGUGUCCCAACACUGCCUUCGGCUGCACCGCGAAGCCAGCCUACUACGACUACCACCUCCACCUCCCCAGUUGCCUGCAUCCGCCGUGCCACUGCCCGGCGAAGGCCUGCUGCUUCGUCGGUUCCACAGCGGACCUCACGGACCAUUUCAGCACCGUGCACCAGUGGCCGCAUUUUAAGGUUCGGGGAUCCCAGCUUGCAGAAUACAUCCUCCUCGACGGCUUCAACGUGCUGGAUGUCAUCGACGGCGAUAGGAAGCACCUGUUACUGCUAUUGGUGUCGCAUGAGCACGUCGGACGCGCCAUAGCCGUUAUCUUUGUAUGCCCAAGUCCACGAGUAGGCAAGGACCAUGCGUUCUGCCAUCUCCAGGUCGAGGUCUCGCGCUACCAUAUCGAUGGUGACGAGUCAGACACGCAUCUUCAGGAAUCUGAGUUCAAACUAGCACCCAGUGAUCUCUCCAAUGGGCUGCCCAAUCCUGACGGCUGUUUCCAGCUCAUCGUGCCAAAGUAUGCUCUACCGGACGAAGAGGAAACUGUUAAGGUCUCGGUAAGUAUUAGGAUCGUGACGACCAUCGAUCAAUCAGCGUCUAGAAGUUGAGUCGUACCGUGUGGUGUUCAAGUUCUCAAUGCAUGGCCGUCCAUUCCGGAAACGUGUGCCUGAAGUAUUAAGGGGCCUGUAGGACUUGUUACAAGAGAUUUGCCAGAAUGUUAUGAUUCAGAAUUUGAAUGAAAUUGACCAAAUUGGUAAUCCAAACACUGUUGUGGUGCACUGCGCACCCAUCGUAUUUGCACUUACAAAUACUACUUUUUUCUUCUA